AUGAUAGCUGAAAUACUAAAGAAUUAAAGAUAUUCUUUUGUUUUAUUAGAUUUACAUUACUGUAAAAUACAAGUGCCAGUUAUAAUAACAUUUGCAUGGCAUUGUAUGAAAUGCUAUUUUAUAUUCACAUGUUGGUCUGAUGAUAUAUCUAUUAAUUCCAUAUAAUUUUUAGUAACUUUAAUUAGACAAAUUGGAAUGUCUAAUAUUCUUUCUGCUUUUGACCUAAUUAAAUUUAUAUUUUUGGUAAAUAUUCAACAACUUCAGAGCAUAUCUGCUCAAAAUUUAUUUAUGAAAGUUCUGAAAUUCACCAAAAUAAAAAUGCGAAAUGCUAGAGUUACUAUUUUAUUUAAUACAAGGUCACCAAUAAACUAAAUUUUGAUAUUAACUAUACUUCUUGAAUUGUUUAUUAAUUCCAACUUGUUAUUGGUCUUAACUUUUUGCCUUCCAUUAAAAUUUACUUUGUUUCUUCUCAAUAAGUUGACUCAUCUUGUUUUGAAAUUUAUUCUUUCUAAUUUCUAAGCGUGCUUAAAGCUUGAUAUCAUGAAGACAUAGCUUCAUUGUUUAUAUGUAUUUAAAAUAUCUACUCAAGAUUUGUGCAGUUCUACUUUUGCCAUAACCAUUUAUAGAAACGCCUGA